AAAACCUCAUGCAUAGAUCUCAAAAGAACUCCAGACCUUCUUUCUCACAAGCCUCCUCAAGAGUACAGCCGCAAUCAUGGCACGGAAUUCAGAAAAAGCCCAGUCGAUGCUGUUCCGCUUCCGCGAAGCGCAAGCAGCAGACCUGGGAAUCAUUGAUGCCGGACGAACUCGCCGACCAAAGAUGAUCACUGAAGUGACAUCUAUCCCCAACUGCGAAAAGUGGCGAGGCCAAGUUCUGAAAGAGAUCUCGCGCAAAGUUAGCAAGAUUCAAGAUCCCAGUUUGAGUGACUUCAUGAUCAGAGAUUUGAACGAUGAGAUCAACAAGGCGAUGCGGGAGAAGCAUAUGUGGGAGGUACAGAUUAGGAAUUUGGGGGGUCCGAAUUAUAUGCGUGGUGGUGGAAAGGUGUAUGAUGAAGAAGGCAGGGAGAUUCCAGGCAGCGGGAAGGGAUACAGAUACUUCGGGCGAGCGAGAGAAUUGCCAGGAGUCAAGGAGAUGUUUGAGGCCGCAACGCAGAAACCUCGAGAGGACAAGCCUCUGGAUUCGAGAACAGAUUUACGGAAGCAGGUCGAUGCCUCAUAUUACGGCUACAAUCUGGACGAAGAGGAUGGCACGUUGUUGGAGUAUGAGAUCCAGAAGGAGAAAGAGGCUUUUAACAAUUUGUUGGCUGGGAAAGAUAGCAAAGCGCCGAAAGGUUGGGAGCCGUUACCUGGAGAUGCUGGCGAUGGAGAGGGUUGGAGAUUACCUACGAGUGAGGAAGUACAAGAAGAAUUGGUUGAGAGGAGACGGCGGAGAUUGCUUGACAAGCUUGGUUAGCCUGACUAUAUCUCAGCCCACAAUUGAAGGGCCACACAGCCAUGACCAAGAAUGCAGCAGCAUCUGUCUUUUUCAUGAAGUUUAGCAAUCUGGUUUCCAGAGAGCAAUGUUUUGCAGGUUUCUCUCAAGUAUGUUCCUUCUGUUCUGCUUCAAGACACAAAAGAUUGAGAGUGCAAAUACCUCAAACGUUUACUCCUUUCAAGAAUAAGGACGUCACAUUGCCCA